GUUACGGUGGCGACAAUGUUUUCCUCUAAAAACGUCUGCAAUCCCAACGUCUUUUUUGUGUCGACCAUUUUUGCAGCGAGUUGCGUUGCUAGAACCGCCAAGAUGCUUAUGCCCAAGAAGAACACGAUCGCCAUCUACGAUCGCCUGUUUCAGGAUGGCGUGAUGGUUGCUGAAAAGGACUUCCAGCUUCAGUCGCACCCCGAACUUGAAGGAGUGCCGAAUCUGCAAGUCAUCAAGGCCUGUCAAUCAUUGAAAUCUCGUAACUAUGUUACCGAGCAAUUUGCGUGGCGCCAUUACUACUGGUAUUUAACGAACGAGGGUACUGUAUUCUUACGGGACUACUUACAUAUCCCGUCGGAGUGUGUGCCGGCAACUCUCUUGAAGAAGGUCAAGGCUGAGGAUACCGGAUCUCGUCGUUCUGCUGGCCCCCGUACUACUGAGGGCAAAGAUGAGCGUGAUGCAUAUCGACAUGCCCCUCAGACGGACGAGAAGAAGGAUGUUGGGGCCGGAGAGGGCGAAUUCCAGUUCCGUGGUGGAUUCGGCCGUGGUAAAACCGCGCAGUAAAUGACUUCAACCGUUGAUGUAUGGCCGUAGUAAUUGUCGUGCUGUGAAAUGCUGAAAUAAAAGUAUGUCACAACCUUUUCAAGGUGUGGCGUAAAAAAGUA